AUGUCCCACAACUGCAAAUCGACAUACACAGCCGCGACCACGCGCGACGCGAACAACAACACACUGUACCAUGGAGGACCCACUCCGGGGUUUGGAUCCCGAGGUUACACUCCUCCCACUGUAACCAGUAACGGAAACUAUCAGCAGGUGACGGCCAAAGUGCUGUUCCGCAGCGUGACUGCGAUCAAUGACCUUAAACGGCAGGAGAAGACUGGGCGUGAGGAGCGGCGGAACCACUAG